CAAAUAAAAAUAAAAUAACAUAGAAAAGAAAAGUUCACCACACCACCAACAUUCAACAACAACUGCACUCUGCAGGCACUGCUGUGUCUCUCUUCUACCUUUCGUUCCUUCCAUCUUCAUCCUUUCUUCUAACACAGAUCUCACUGCAAUUCUUCUUCUGGAUUUGGUUGAAGAAGAAAUUUGGGUUGUGUGAUUAUGAAUUGAAGUGUUUUGGUGAAGAAAUGAACGUGAGCCAUGCUUCGGUUCACCCUGUUGAAGAGGUUCCAACUACUGAGGCAGCUGUUCCUGUUGCUGGAGAAAACUUACAUGUGCCUGUGGUGAGGAUGAAGGAUAUUCAAGGCAUGCCUGGUACUGUUGGUGGACUAUCUUUGCGUAUUUCGCAGUUUGUUUUUGGUGCUGCUGCACUCUCUAUUAUGGCUUCUACUAGUGAUUUUCCUUCAGUCACUGCUUUCUGUUUCCUUGUUGCGGCUGCCGGCUUACAGACUUUGUGGAGCUUUUCAUUAGCUAUUACGGAUGUAUAUGCCAUUUUAGUAAGACGAUCUUUGCAGAACUACCGACUUGUCAGUUCAUUUACAAUUGGGGAUGGGGUCACUUCGACGCUUAUAUUUGCGGCAGCCUGCGCAUCAGCAGGAAUCACAGUGUUGAUUGAUAAUGAUCUUGGUAAUUGUGCACAGAAUCACUGUGUGCAGUUUGAAACAGCUACAGGCAUGGCAUUCAUAUGUUGGUUCACCACAGUCCCGUCGUUUCUUCUGAACUUCUGGUCUUUGGCAUCGCGGUAAUUAAAAACAGUGGCACACACAGCAGCGACAGAAACAAGGGAAGCUUGUUGUAAAGUUAAAUUGUUAGUAUCAGGUUUGUGACUGUUGUUUGGAAUUUGUUAAGCUUGUAUCUUGUGUUAGUAGUAGUUGUACCAAAUGGUGUCAUUUAUGUACUCUUUACUUGAUCAAACAAGAAUUCUGAACUUGGAUAUUGGAAUGUGUUGUGGUUUAUUCACAUUUGGUGUUGGAAUGAGUAAACUGGAAUUACAAUAUAGUAGUAAUGUGCA